UUUGAAUUGCGUUUUUAUCGUAUAUUUGAGUUGUUGGCGAGCUGUUUGUAGAUUAAUAUAAUGCCAAGGUGUUUUCUCAGGUCUGUGCGGUCGCAAGGGGGUAGUUUCAUACAUGAAACGGGUAGAUUUCCUGUUGAAACUCUAGUCGAAACAAAGCCAACACGCAUGCUGAAAAUGUCAACGAAAAGACACAAAACUCUCUUAAAGACGAACGAAACGCUGUACCACGACAAAGUGCCUAUAUCCACCCGUUUUUACCUGCAGCUCUUGAAAAAGAGCCAAUUCCUACCAAACUUCAUAGAAACAGAAGCAUACGAAUACGCUUCGGAAAGCGAAAGAGCAACUCACUCACCAGAGCUACAUACUAAGAAAAACUUUGUUAAGAAAGAAGUGGAACGGGCAAGUUACAACUUACGUUCGAACGAAGCAAGAACGGAACGCAAGGUUUUCGUAAAGAAAACUCGCGCUCGAAAAAAAGUUGCCGAAACACAGAGCGUCUCUGAAACGAAAGCGGUUAAAAAGAAAUUCAAAAUGCCUUUGGCGCCAAUUAUAGAGGAAAUAAGGAACCGGGAACCACUUAGAACUGUGAAUAAAGGUGGAUGGGAGAUUGACAAGAUCGCAGAAAAGCUGAAGAGUCUGAUGCGGACCAGCUCCGAGCACAUGCUGCACCAGGAGCUGCUGUCCUGCACCGAAGCGUUCAGGAACGAAGCUAACGAGAACGAAGGAAAAGGGAACGAAGUUAGCCGAUCCCGCGGUGGCCACGCCUGCCCUUACUGCGGGAAGCGCUUCGACCGCCCCUGGGUGCUGAAGGGACAUCUCAGACUGCAUACCGGAGAGCGACCCUUCCCUUGCCCUCAUAAACACUGCCCUAGGACUUUUGCGGACCGGUCAAACCUCCGCGCUCACCAGCGCACCCGCGGCCACCACACAUGGCAGUGGCGGUGCGCAGAAUGCGGCAAGGCGUUCAGCCAGGGCCGCUAUCUCGACCGCCACCGAGCUGAUGCCUGCUGGAAGUACAAGUGA